AUGCGUUCGAAACUAUCAACUCUCAAAGAUGGUGUCCAGGAAAAGGCACGAGCCUUCAAAUAUACCGUGUCAAGCAAAGAGGCUUUCGUCGCAUGGCUCCAAAAUAGCGAUUCAGGCCAUGAUUCUAACGAGCGGGCAUGGACGAACAAAGAUCUAGAGCCAACACCUCCAGAGAAGCGCAACUGGAACUGGUUCAAUUAUGUGACGUUCUUCUUUGGACUUGGAUUCGGGAACUGGACGCUGGGAAGUAGCAUGGUAGGUAUCGGUCUCAACUGGUGGCAAUCCAUUGUUGUGAUCUUUGUUGCGACAACCAUAUCGGCCACAGCGACGUGGUUCAAUUCCAAGGCUGCAACAACUUACCACAUUGGGUACCCGGUGAUAGCUCGUUUUGCUUUUGGGAUGUGGGGUAGCUAUUAUGUCGUCGGUGCACGAGCUAUCCUAGCUAUCAUAUGGUAUGGAGUACAAUUGUAUACUGGAUCUAGCUACCUCGUCAAUAUCCUCCAUGCGAUCUUCGGGCAUCACUUCACGGAUAUCCCUAAUGGCAUCGCAUCGAGUAUGGGCUUUACUACCCAGCAAAUGCUAGCAUUUUUCCUGUUCUGGCUGAUUCAUAUCCCAUUCAUAUUCCUGCGCCCUCAUCAGCUACGGGGUUUCUUUGCCUUCAAAGCCGCCAUUGCAGUACCAGCAAUGUUCGGAUUAUUCAUAUAUUGUAUGGCUGCAACGAAGGGAAACCUGGGACCACUGUAUGGUGGAACGGCACCCUCCGGAAGCAAACUUGGAUGGUUCUUCAUGUGGUGCAUCAACAGUGGAAUGGGCAAUACGGCGACCUUGAUCACCAAUCAGCCUGAUAUUGCGCGGUGGGCGAAGACAUCGCGGUCGCCCUUUGUUGGUGUCAUUUUUGCCAAUAUCGUAGCGGUAACCCUCUCCGCAACCAUGGGUAUCCUGGCAACGGCGGCAAUCAACAAUAAAUGGGGAACCGAUCUAUGGAACCCAUGGGACCUGAUGACAGAAAUCAUGAACAGGCAUUGGCGGUCCGACGUCCGGUUUGCGAUCUUUCUCUGCGCCUUUUCCUGGGUGGUAUCCAUGCUUGCCACGAACGUUGCAGCGAAUAUGAUUCCAUUUGGCUCCGACGCCAGUAUGCUCUGGCCAAAGUAUCUGACGAUAGUUCGAGGCCAAGUUGUUGUUCAUGUUCUGGCCUACGCCAUAUGUCCAUGGAAGAUUAUGUUCUCUGCAAACACAUUCCUUACCUUCCUUUCUGGCUAUGGAAUCUUCAUGGCGCCUGUCUGUGCGAUCAUGGUGUGCGAGUAUUUCAUGAUUUCGAGAGGGAAUAUUUUUGUUCCGUCUCUAUAUAACGGAACGAAAAGUAAUGAGAAUUACUGGUACACAGGAGGAUGGAAUUUACGGGCUUACAUUGCAUAUGUGGUUGCAAUCGCGCUACCAUUUCCGGGAUUCGUCGGGACACUCGGCGCGAAUGUGUCAGAAUCUGCUUCUAAUCUGGGCCAUCUGGGGUGGUGUCUUUCUUUUACUCUCGGGUUUACAGUAUACUGGGCCAUUAAUCAAGUUUGGCCGCACGAAAAUGUGAAGAAUACUAGGCAUCUGGCAAGAGAGCAGCUUGCUAAGGAAUCAUUUAUCGAGGGAAUCGAACAGGAAGAGGAAACGAAAGAAGCAAGGAUUUCUCUGUCUGCUAAAGUAUAA